AUGGAACCAGAAUUUGAUCACUUUCAAUCACAAAUGGAUUCCGAUAAUACACACCAAUCAACAAUGUUUAAUGUCCAAGAUAAUAAUGCCAUUCUAAUGAGUGGAAUGGAAAAUGUUCUCCAAUCUCCACGUCAAUUACAAGCAGCUGCACAAGCACAACAACAAGCAGCUGCACAAGCUCAACAACAACAAGUACAAGCUCAACAAGUACAAGCUCAACAAGCACAACAACAACAACAACAACAACAAAACCAACAACAACAACAACAACAACAAAACCAACAAAACCAACAACAACAACAAAAUCAACAACAACAAUCACAACAAAUGACACAACAACAAUUACAACAAUUAAUGCCACCACCACCAACAAGUGAUACAAGUAAUUUUAAUGAUAAUAUAUCAUAUUUUGUAUAUGGAUCACAAUUUACAGUACCAAGAAGAUAUUCAAUAGUAAAGUGUAUAGGACAUGGUGCCUAUGGAGUUGUUUGUUCUGCCAAAGAUAAUUUAACAGGAGAAAAGGUUGCAAUUAAAAAGAUUAGUAAAGCAUUUGACAAUUUAAAAGAUACAAAACGUACAUUACGUGAAAUUCAUUUACUUAGACAUUUUAAACAUGAAAAUCUUAUCUCGAUCAAGGAUAUAUUGAAACCAAAUAGUAAAGAGCAAUUUGAAGACGUUUAUAUAGUUUCAGAAUUGAUGGAUACAGAUUUACACCAAAUUAUAACUUCACCACAACCAUUAUCGGAUGAUCAUUGUCAAUAUUUCGUUUAUCAAAUGUUACGUGGUCUAAAACAUAUUCAUUCAGCAAAUGUAUUACAUAGAGAUUUAAAACCUUCAAACCUUUUAAUAAAUGAAGAUUGUCUAUUAAAAAUUUGUGAUCUUGGUCUUGCUCGUGUUGAAGAUGCAACUCAUCAAGGUUUUAUGACUGAAUACGUUGCAACUCGUUGGUAUCGUGCUCCUGAAGUCAUUCUAUCUUGGAAUAAAUAUACAAAAGCAAUUGAUAUUUGGUCUGUAGGUUGUAUUUUCGCUGAACUUUUAGGUAGAAAACCUUUAUUCCAAGGAAAAGAUUAUAUUCAUCAAAUUACAUUAAUUAUAGAAACUAUUGGAUCACCAUCAGAAGAAGAUAUUUGUAAUAUUGCAAAUGAACAAGCACGUCAAUUUAUAAGAAAUAUGGGUAACCAACCAAAAGUUAAUUUUGCAAAUAUGUUCCCAAAAGCAAAUCCAGAUGCAAUUGAUUUAUUAGAAAGAAUGUUAUAUUUUGAUCCAAGUAAGAGAUUAACGGUUGAGGAAGCUUUGGCACAUCCAUAUUUUCAAUCUUUACAUGACCCAUCAGAUGAACCAAUUUGUUUACAUAAGUUUAGUUUAAAUUUUGAAGCAUGGGAUUUAAAUAGAGAUUUAUUAAAAGAAUUAAUUUAUAAUGAAAUGUUAGCUUAUCAUCCUGAAGAUCCACAGGCACCAUACUAUACUGACUUAAAUAAUCCUAAUUUCAAUUUAUCAAGAAUUCAAUCUUCAAGUGAAUUAUUUAAUUUAUUACAACAACAAAAACAACAAAUACAUCAACAAGUAAAUCAACAAUCAAUUAAAAAUUAA